AUGGCUACUUCCAAAAAUACAGCUCCCUCCACAGCAACUGAUGCCGUCCUGGUUCCUUCCGCCGAGAUGCCGGCUGGUUCGCAGAAGGUAGAAGAGCUAGAUUUCAACAAGAUUACUGGUUCAGGGCCAAUAACUGUAGAUGAUCUGGUCUCCGGCAUGAUAAAUAUGGGCUUCCAGGCGUCAUCUGUGGGUGAGGCUAUUCGUAUCAUCAAUAACAUGCGCACCUGGAGAGAUUCUUCUGAUACGAAUCAUCGUACAACCAUAUUUCUCGGGUACACAAGCAACUUGAUCUCGUCUGGACUGCGCGGUACUAUACGAUACCUUGCCCAGCACUCACAAAUAUCAGCAAUCGUCACUACUGCUGGUGGCAUUGAAGAAGAUCUUAUAAAAUGUCUUUCUCCAACAUAUGUAGGAUCCUUCAAUCUCCCAGGUGAUAAAUUAAGAUCGCAGGGCCUCAAUCGUAUCGGAAAUCUUCUAGUACCAAACAACAAUUAUUGUCUCUUUGAAGAUUGGGUGCAGCCUAUCUUAGACAAAAUGCUUGCAGAGCAAGAGGCGUCAAAACAGACUCCAGAACCGAUUAACUGGACCCCGAGCAAAAUAAUUAGUCGCCUAGGUGCCGAAAUUGACCACGAGGAGUCGGUACUUUAUUGGUGUUACAAAAAUAAAAUCCCAGUCUUUUGCCCAGCUUUGACUGACGGCUCGCUGGGUGAUAUGCUAUAUUUCCACACCUUCAGAACGUCACCUUUACAACUACACAUUGAUAUUGUCGAGGAUAUCCGAGCUAUAAACACCAUAGCCGUACGGGCAGCUCGUACAGGUAUGAUCAUAUUGGGUGGUGGCAUAGUCAAACACCAUAUAGCGAACGCCUGCUUAAUGCGAAACGGGGCUGAAAGUGCGGUGUAUAUUAACACGGCUCAGGAAUUUGAUGGGAGUGACGCGGGUGCUCGACCGGAUGAGGCCGUCAGUUGGGGAAAGAUUAAGAUAGGAGCCGAUUCUGUAAAGGUUUACGCGGACGCGACAGUCUGCUUUCCGCUUAUAGUCGCCGCAACCUUCGCCACGGAUGAAUCGAACAAGGUAUAA